CAGCCUGUCGCCAGCUAGGGCUGGCGUUUAAAGGGGCAGCGUCCGCCUAGUGAAGCCCCCUGUCCUGCUCCUCAGCCCAUCUAUGCUGAGCCCCUGGGAGAGAUUGUCUCCCCCUGCCCCCAAACUGUUCCUGGUGCUCCUCUCACAGGGCAGGGCUGAUGGGUGGGUGCUGAGGUAGCUGGGAGUGGGGGUGAUGAGAUGGCUGCGCUGUGGGUGUAGGCGUGGAAGGUGUUUGCCAGGAGUCAGUGAAGGUGGGGGGAAGCCCAGUGCAGUUGGCUAGCGCACGAGGGAGCCUGAUUCUCGUCCGAGACCCUCACUUUGUCCCUGAGCUGCUGCCACCUCCGCCCACCUGUGCCCUCCCGGCUGGGAUCUGUCAGGAGGAGCAGCGAGAAUCCAGGGGCACUGCGGGAAGUGACCGGUGGAUCAGCCAUGUCCCAACCCGCUCCCCUGAUUUAAACUGUGUCUCUCCUAGGGUGCCUGGGCUGCGCGGCCCCAUGGCCCCGUACCGCAUCCGGCAGUACGAGGACUGUGACUACGAGGCCGUGUGCACCAUGUUCGGCCACGGGAUUAUGGAGCACACUCCUGCUGCGUUCAUCUACAUGCUGAAGCGUCUCCGGGCCCAGCUGCACUUCCUGGGCCUGUUCUUGGCAGUACUCGCGGCCUCCGGGUCCCUCCUGGUCUCCCUCCUGGCUCUCCUGCUCGCUUUCACCGGGGGCUGGUUUUCCAUCCGGUCUCUCUGGACCAAUUUCGCCCAGCAGUUUCUUCGUGAUGACCUACUAGACAUCCGGAGAACCUACCUGAAGGCAGCAGACUCUUGUUUCUGGGUGGCAGAGGCUGAGGGGGCGGUGGUGGGUAUAGUUGGGGCCAUGCUGCCGGAGGACCCCUCGGAAAGGGGGCGCGCCCUGGAACUAAAGCGCAUGUCCGUGGGGAGAGAGCACCGGGGCCGGGGCAUCGCCAAGGCGCUCUGCAGGACGGUCAUCCGCUUCACCCAGGAACGCGGGUACAGUGCGGUCGUGCUGACCACCACCAUGGUUCACUACUCGGCCCAGCAGCUGUACGAGAGCAUGGGCUUCCGGAGGGUCUCACAGAGGUCCCCAUCGCUUCUCACCAGCUUCCUGCAGUUCUCCCUGUUCUAUUACCGAUACGAGAUUCCAGGGUCUCGCUGAAGGCUCAGGGGUGGUGAUUCUUCGCCUGCCUGCUCAGCCGCUGGGAGCUUUGCCUGGCUUGUUAAUUAACUCCCAGCAAGUUGUUAUUUUUUUACCUUUUGGGUUAAAAAAUAAACUGAGCUUGGAGAAAAA